UCCCCUAAAAAUCAGCUGUUCGCAAACUUAUUUCACAAGUGCUUUUUUCCAUCAACAAUAUCUUUUUGUUUGUUAAUUCAUAAUUUCUAUGCCCACCAAUGGCGACAGUUUCCAUAAAUAAACUUCUUAAAAAGACAGAAUCGACUGAAGGUGAUGUCAAACCUUUUUUUUACAUCCAAACAAAGUGGCUGGAAGACCAGAUCAUUAUCAAACUUCAAGAUUCAGAAACCAACAAUUGCUAUCAAGGAAUGGUAACAAUAGACAGCAUGAAAGAAACUGCGGCGGAGUUGGACGUGCCCUACAAUACUUACUACGAAGAAUGUCGUUUAGCAUUGACCACGCAUAUUGCAAUGCCGGGUUGCACAUAUAAAUUGGACGAAGAUGAGAACGCCCUUACAAUAUGGAAAACCCAAGAUGGUUCAAUUCCAAUGUUGUAUAUGGAAAUACCGCUGAGAACCAUAAGUAAUCAUUACGACAUUCUAGACUCAGCCAUAGAUGAACUUCAGAAUAAAUCGAAAACAUUAGACGAACGUGUUGAUAAAGCCCAUAAAUUUGAUCAAAACUCAAGGGAAUUGCUGGAAGAUUAUCGUAUUUGCGUGGAAGAAAAAAAUCAGCUGGAGAGACGGCUUUUGAGAAAAGUGGCAGUACUAUUAAACUCCAAGAAACAAAAGAUAGCUGAACUAGAAGACCGUCUUAGUAAAUACGAAGAAAUCAACGACAAUACCGAUAAUGAUGGCGAAGAUGAGACGAGACUUAUGGAUGAUACGGAGGGCGAAAUAAGGCCGCAUAGUUCCAAGAAACGUAAAGCUGUAUUGACCGAAAGCGACACUGAUACUGAUGAGGAUGAUUUUUUAGCUAAUACACAGCCACUAACGAUGGCCGAAACAGCAUAACAAAUUAGUAUUAAUAAUGAAUGUACUACUUUAAGAUAAUUAUCUUUUUUUUUAUUAAAAUAAUUAAAUGCUGGCAAGGAAUGAACGUAUUUCUUAGUAUGAACCCCAAAA